AAACACCCUCUUAAUUAAUUCUUAGGUAAACUCAGUCCACCACGUCAUCUGUGAACUAAACCUAUCACAUUAUGACACGUCAUUAAAAUAAUGGCACUAUCGUAAAUUACUAUUCAAAAAUGUAAAUAAGUAAUAAACAAAAUUACAAUAGUGCCAUUAUUUUAAUGACAUGCUAUAAUAUGAUAGGUUAGUCCACGGAUGACGUGGUAGACUGAGUCUACCUAAGAAUUUCUCUUAAUCGAAAUAGUUGCUCCAGACAUCAAGCGGUACCGGGACCUCAAAAAUAUCUGAUUUAAGCUACAUGAGAUAAAUAAAAAAAAUUAUAAUUUUCACUUUAUUAAAUAUUCAUGUCCUCUUUUUUGUUUUUAUGUUGCUUAAACAUUGAAUUUGUGACAUUUCUAUUUUGAGCUAAUUUUUAAAUGGAGUUUUUUUUUCUGUUUUUAUAACCAAAUUUUUAAGACCAAUGAACUAUAUUUCAAAUUAUAAACGCGCUGCGCACAUUCUACUGAAGUUGCAGGUUCAAUUUCUUAAACCCUAUGAAAUGACAUAUAUAUUUUAAUUAUUUUUAAAUAAAUAUUUAUGGUAGUUUGUUUCAUCAAAGAUUGUAUAUUAAAGGAUAAACAUUGAUGAAUUAUUGAAUCGUACACAAUUGUUAGCUGCAGUCUUCUAUAACUUGAUGAAUCAAGAAGUUACUAAAAAUGUAGGCAUCCAAAUCUGUUAGUAAUUAGUCUAAGAAAUAUCAAAGGAAAAUAGAGAAUGCUCAAAUUAGAAUAAUCAAAAGCUGUCUCGACUGGAUAUAAUAUUUAUAAUUUAUACUAAAAUUAAAGUUUGUUAAAAAUUUAACUUACUUGUCAAAAUAAAAUAAUUCUAAAUAAUAUAAUUAAAAAGAAUAAUUAAAAUUAAACUAAGUAAUUUAAAAAUAGAAAAGUUGUGUUUUAAAAGUCUAAAUAAUGGAAUUUGACUGAAAAACAUCGAACUUUUCGAAUGCAACAUAUUAAUAUUGUUUGUUGGCCCGUGAUUUUUUUAAUUGAUCAUUGAAUUCUAAGAACGCCCAAAACAAAAAGUCGCAAUAAUUAGGAUACUACCAUUAUACUUUUUUAAUUUUAAAAAAAAUGUAGAAGCCACUAGGAAAUAAUUAUCCUUUUAUUUUGAUAAAAUUGGAUCGAAUUGAACUGAUAUUUAUUCUGAAAUUCGAUUUGGUUUGUAACUUCUUAAGACCGAUUUUGACAUUUUUAUUUUUGAACCGAAGCAGAGUACCUUUUGCACACCCUACAAGCCACGCUGUCGGCAUCAAUUAUCCAUUCCUUUGCAUCAAGUGGAUGUGAAAAAUUAAUAGGCUCUAAUUAAUUAAACACAGGUGACUUUGUAAUAUAAAAAAAUUAAAACUAUAGCAUGUUGAUCAUGAUAUAUAUAAUAAGUAAGACUUAAGUGGUAAUAUGCCCCCUGAACUUGCAAGCAAUGGGCAAUUAACACAUAUAUUAAAUUUAUGGGCAAAUUAGCACACGAACUUGAUGAUUAUGGGCAAUUCGCCCCAUUUUGGCAAUUUACCCCCUUAAUUUGUAAGUUAAUUGUCUCUUAAAUUGGCAAUCUGCCCCCUUAACUUGUAAGUUAAUUUGCCAAAAUAGGCUAAUUGUUCAUAAUCAACAAGUUCGUGUACUGAUUUGCCAACAAAAUUAAUUUGUGUGUUAAUUGCUCAUUGCUUACAAGUUGAAGGGGUAAAUUGCUACUUAAGUCUAAUAAGCAGUAUAUUGUUCCAAUGCCAUGUGACUCUAUCGCAUUUUGUAGCCAGAACAUAAUACAAUAAUGCUCAUGCAGUUUCUAUAUUUAUAAAUUGUCCAAAUUUAUAAUUAUUGCAUCUGCAACCUAAUUAGGUUAAACAAGUUACAAGCUAAAGCCUACUCACUAAUGGCUUUCUCCAUUCUCAAUCUCCUCUUUAUCCUCGUCCUUUCUCCGGCCGCCACCAUGGUUGUUACAACCGCAUUACCUGUCAAAAACUCGAAUUCUCUUGAUACUCACCUCUCUAAUUUGAGAAACUUUUGUAACAACAAACCGUACCCAAAUGCUUGUUUUAACUCAUUAAAGGCGCAUCCAAUCGAUAUAAAUAUUGAUUCAAACUUAAUUACAUUUCUUCUCCACUCUCUUGAAGCUGCAAUAUCAGAAAUAGAAAAGCUAACUAAUCUGUUCUUGAACAUCGGCGGCGGAUCAAACGAUAUUAUCGAAAAACAAAAAGGUACAAUUCAAGAUUGUCAAGAACUUCACCAAAUUACACUAUCUUCCUUAAAAAGAAUAUCAGUUUCAAGAAUCCAAGCUGGUGAUCCUCGUAAACUUUCCGAUGCAAGAACGUAUCUUAGCGCAUCGUUGACGAACAAAAACACAUGCUUACAGGGACUAGAUUCCGCUUCUGGUCCGUUGAAGAGUGUUCUUGUCAAUUCGUUGACGGAUACGUAUAUGCACGUAAGUAAUUCUUUAUCAAUGCUUCCUAAACAGGCCUCUAAAAAGGGUCCGAAAAAUCAGAGACGCGGACUAUUAGGGUUUCCGAAAUGGGUUUCGAAGAAAGAUCGUCGGAUUUUGGAAAGUGAUGGCGAUGAUGGUGAUGAUGAGUAUGAUCCUAGUCAUGUUCUUACAGUAGCUGCUGAUGGAAGUGGAAAUUUCAGUAGCGUAAGUGAUGCUAUAAAAUUCGCUCCGAGUAAUAGUGAGACAAGAAUAUUAAUUUAUGUAAAAAAAGGAGUGUAUAAGGAGAAUGUAGAGAUCACACAAGAUAAGCGUAACAUUGUUCUGAUCGGAGAUGGGAGUGAUGUCACUUUCAUUACCGGAAGUAGAAGUGUGGAUGAUGGUUGGACUUCUUUCAGAUCUGCAACUCUUGCUGUAUCUGGCGAUGGCUUUUUGGCCAGGGACAUAACUAUAGAGAACACAGCCGGACCACAGAAGCAUCAAGCCGUUGCCCUACGCAUAAACGCAGACCUAGCAGCAAUUUACAGAUGCAAGAUCAAUGGCUGCCAAGACACCUUAUACGUGCACUCAUUUCGACAAUUUUAUCGAGAAUGUGACAUAUCGGGCACUAUAGAUUACAUAUUCGGCAAUGCCGCCACUAUCAUUCAGAGGUGUAACAUUAUCUCGAAAAUGCCAAUGGCCGGCCAGUUCAAUGUCAUCACCGCCCAAUCUCGAGAAACAUCUGAUCAAAACACCGGAAUAUCGAUACAGAAUUGCUCGAUUGUAGCUACCGAUGAUCUAUCCUCCGCUUCAACUAGGGUUAGAAGCUACUUAGGCAGGCCAUGGAUGGAGUACUCAAGGACUGUGAUUCUUGAUUCUUUUAUUGGUGGUUUUAUUGAUCCAGCUGGGUGGAUUAAAUGGACUGGUGAUGAAAAUGAAAAUUUGGAGAAUCUAUAUUAUGGUGAGUAUGAUAAUAAAGGAGCAGGUUCUGGAAUUGAUAAUAGAGUUACGUGGGAAGGGUACCAUGUAAUGGAUGAUUAUGAUGCUUAUGAUUUUACUGUAUCGAAUUUUAUUGCUGGUGAUCAGUGGCUAGAUUCCACUUCAUUUCCUUAUGAUGAUCAAAUCUGAAAUUAGUUUAGCUAUAUAGUGACAGUAUGUUUAUGUUAAUGCUUAUUAAUUUAUUUAUUAUUAAUAAAUUAAAUUGAUUUUUUUGUUCAUAGUUCAAUUGAGAAAGAAGUGUAUGUAUUUUUUUAUUAAUUGGAUAUAACCAAAUUGAUAUUAUAUUAAUUUUUAAUUCUUGA